CGAUCACGUUACAAAAGAAAGAUGGAACCAGUGCAGCGUGGCUGUAAGAUCCACCACCAGUCCCACUCCAAAACGAGCAGCAGUGACUAUCUCUCGUGCCAAACCGAUAAACUUGCACGCAACAACUAUAAAACCGACAAAACUAAUUGAGCACCAUCUUUCCUUCGAGGAACUCGAGCUUAAGGAGGUAUCGGUCAAGUUUCGAUGAGCGAGAGGUGCUGCACGGUAUCGCUGGACUGGACAAAACAAAAACCCCAAACAACGAGUCUUAGUUCUGGACCACAAUUGUGGUACUUGUUUGUGCACAGGAAUAUUGAACGCAGCGCGGCCACCAUUAUCGAGGGCGAGGCAAAGUCUUGGUCCUCGACUAGGAGGGGUGCAGUGGUUUAAUAUGAAAGUCGUGCCCUCGUAUUCUGGCCAGACAAUCCAAAACAAGCCUUCCAAUCCCUUUGUUGAACUAAACUUGAGAAUGAUGCGCUGAAACAGUAUUGCAUUGAUCAAGUCUAUCAGCCGGCGUGCUUCCUAAUGCAUGGCUUUGUUAAUGACGGGACAAAGACGCAAUACGACCGGAGGACGUUCUGCAAAGGUGCGGGUAUUUCAGAGUUGGCACACUUUUCAUGAUUUGACAGACGGGCAGAAAGUGUUUAAUGCGUUGCAGCGACGUGUUAUUCACGUGGAAACAUACAGUAAAUUCAGCCCCAAACAUCCAACCAUAAUUAGCUAACCUGAGAAAACGGAAGAAGACGUGCGUGAUCUUCA